UCCUCUCCUUCAUCUUAUUGGAUUUGUAGUCUCUGGUUUGGCAGAAGAAGGAGAGGAGGAAAUUAGAAAGAGAUCUCCUCCUCUUCACAUCUCCUUCUUUCAUCUUAUUGCAGUUAUAGCCUUUGCUUUGACAGAGGAAAGAGGAGGAAAUAAGAGAUAGAGAUUCGACAUUGUUUCCUUCCCUUCACAUCUCUUCUCUUCAUCUUGUUGCAGUCGUAGGCUUUUGUUUACCAGAAGAAAGGGAGGAGGAAACAAGGUAGAGAUCCGUUGUUGUUUCCUCCUCUUCUCCCAUCUCCUAGUGCAGUCUCGUUAGAGUCGCAGCCUCUGUUGCAAGCAAGCCAUGGUGAAGAUAAGCAACAGCCUGGUCGGCGUGCUCAACUUCCACACCCUCCUCAUCUCCUUCCCGGUCAUUGGCAUCGCCCUAUGGUUACGCAUCAAGGCCCCCACGGAAUGCGAGCGGUUCCUCCAACUGCCCCUCCUCGUCGUGGGCGUCUUCCUUUUCGUCGUGUCUGUGCUGGGCGUCGUCGGCUCGUGCUUCCGGGACUCCAUCUUCCUCUGCAUCUACCUCUUCCUCCUCUUCCUGCUGAUCCUUGCCAUGGCUGCCUUCACCGUCUUCGCCUUGGUCGUGACGAACAAGAGCAUCGGCCAGGCGAUAUCGGGGAAGGGAUACAAGGAGUAUAGGCUGGGGGACUACUCGCACUGGCUGCAAAAGAGGGUGGGCGAUCGGAAGAAUUGGAGGGUAGUCCAUGGCUGCUUGAAGGAGGCCAAGGUCUGUGGCCGUCUCGAAGAUGACAUCGGAACGAAGGCCUCCGAGUUCUACAGGAAAAACCUGUCACCCAUGCAGUCUGGUUGCUGCAAGCCGCCAACCUACUGCGGAUUCACCUACGUGAAUGCUACAUAUUGGAUCAUCCCAAGAUCUGGUCUCUCUUCAUCAAAUCCUGAUUGCAAGGCAUGGAGCAAUGACCAAGAUAAGCUGUGCUAUGGCUGCAACGCAUGCAAGGGAGGUGUUCUUGCAACCCUCGAGAACGGGUGGAAGAAGGUGGUCAUCUUAAAUGCUGCUCUUCUUGCCUUUGUCAUCGUCAUCUACUCGGUUGGAUGUUGCGCAUUCAGGAACAACAAGUCUCAUAGGCAUCACACCCAUUUCUAUAGGGGUGGAGAUCACUAG